AUCUUCCAAGAGCCGUCCUAAGUGGGUGAUCUUACCUGCUAUCCAUUAACAGAUUUUAUAUAAAUCUGCACCAUCAUCUCAGAUUAAUGCUUGUAUUCCCCUGAGAUUUGAAAUGGCUUUCAAUACUCCCUCAUUAUUACAAGUUUCAGUUAUGGUAGCCAUCCUAGUUGCUUUAUCUUCUUCUGGUGUUUUCAGAGCCAAGGAAGAAAGGAUGGUAAUCUAUGCCCAUGACAGUUUCAGUGGACCCAAUGCCACAGGGAUCAUAGUUGCAGGAAUGGGUGGUGUUUCUUCAAAUCCUUUGGGCUUUGGUACAGUAUUUGUGAUAGAUGAUCCUGUGACUGUAGGCCCAGAUAUCUCCUCCAUGUAUUUGGGAAGAGCCCAAGGGAUCCUUGUGAACUCAGAACUUAAGGGCACUUCUUUUCAUCUGGCUUUUACUAUAGUGUUUGGGAGUGGCAAGUAUAAUGGCAGCACACUUGAAAUACAGGGAGCAGAUCCAUUUAAACAAAAGCAGAGGGAGAUUUCUGUGGUUGGAGGGACUGGAAUGUUUAGAUAUGCUCGUGGGUAUGCUGUGAUGGAAACUGUUUCCUUGCUGGGCUUGAAUGCUUGCAUAAGGCUUACUUUGAACGUUCGGCCAUAGUAGAAAUGGGUAGCUUUCAUAAUGAAAUCUUUAAGUCUUUGAGCCUCUCGCCCAACAAUAAUCUUGUCUGUCACACGGAUUACCCAAUGUAAUCCCCCAUGGAUUUUCUUGAAUCCCAAUAUUCUAUGAAAGCUGUUUUUGGUGGA